AUGGCUCGCGACAGGGACCUGGACAACACAUCAAACACAUUGGCCGGCGGCCAAUCAAAACGGCCUCCCCUCCAUCAACGCGACAGCGACUCGCACAGCGACACCACAAAUACCUCGGGCGCUCCUUCUCACCAUCAUCGCUCCAAGCAUCACCAGAAACAGCGCCACGUCGGUCGCUUGCACGCCCGCGUGCCUUCCACCAAGGCAAUUAUCAAGCAACAUGCCCACGCCCACGCCCACGCCCAAGCCCAAGCCAACGGACAGGCACCCAAAUUGAAUCGAAGAACAGCCUCGCGACCACCGUCUCCUUCCCACCUGAACGACCUGUCGCACCAUCCGCCACAUCGACGCGCCACCAGCGACGUCAAACUUCCUCGUCAAACCUCUUCCGGCCAGGUUCCAAAGAGCCUCUCUCAAUCAAGCCUGAAGCGCAAUCGUUCUCACGUCGAGGUUGCCAAGCGGACACGAUCGGCGGACAAACUAAAGCGAACGUCAAGCGGAACAGGAAUCCACAGCUCCAGCAGGCUCGGCAAGACUCAAGUACAUUUUGAUCUCGGCAGUGACGGUCCAGAGGACGAGUGGGUAGACGCCAGCGGCACCAAUUCGCCGUAUCUGUCGCGCAAAGGCUCGCUCAACAGCAGCGCGCAAUCCUCACUGCGGCAAGGGCCGAGCAUAGAAAACUCUCGUCCUGUCACACCUACUGCGCCGCCUCAGGGUCAGGAGCCCUCCUCCUCCUCGCCGAACAGAGAGACGACGCAGCACAAAGAAUAUCUCACGUCCCGUCUCUUGCGACGCACCCCGUCGCACGGCGCGCCACCCCAAAUGACUGCUGACAUUGCCAAGGCUGGAACAACGCAGUCGUCUCGAUCCAACCCCCCCGCGCACAGCACAAGCCAACGGUCAGAGAAUCUGCGUCAAAGACCAAGCUCAAUGGCCGAUCUGGCCCAUUCACCUAACGAAAGGCUGGAGUCGGAGGCUACGCCGGUGGUCGAAGUAGACACGAGCGCCUUGGUCCCGAAACCUGGGCGGCGAACAGCAGCUCCUGCAGCGGAAACAUCACGAACGCAGCAAAAGCUAAACCUUCAGCGCGCCAGCUCAGUCUUGGAACCAGGCCAGGGGCUGUCUGGAGCGGGCGGCGUGGUUGGAGCGAGCCCUUUGAUAGGGGUCCGGGGGCCUGGGCAUGAUGGCGGAAGCAGUCGCGACCCUCGGAUCGGAAAGCUUUUGGAGAGGACAGGCAUGGAGUAUCUUGUCGUUCGAAGACACCAGAACCCCGUUGCCCGUUCAUUGAACCGUCUAGGUCGCCUUGGCGGCAUGGGGAAGACGAGAAGAAUCCCGCGAACAAAUACUGGCUCGACAAACGGCGCACGAGGUGCCGCGGACACCAACGCCCGCCAUACCCGAAACGUGAGCCUGCCAGACGCUCGUCAGCCCACACCAAAAGCUGGGACCAACGGUGUCGCACAUGGUUUCGACGGAAACGACGCGAACAGGCUCACUGAGCGACUAAGUGGUGGGAGCUUGGUUGGAGCAGACGACGACAAUGGCACCAGCGUGCUGCUGCGCAACCUGUGGGACAAAGCGAUGGACUUGAAUGCCGGCGCCGACUGA